AUGCCGCCGCACGGCCUUCCCCCCGGCCACCACCCAAUGGCUGCUCAACAUCCGAACGCUGGACACCCUGGGCCUGGGAUGGUGCAACAAAUGCACCCUGGAGUUUCGGCACCAGGAGGACCUCAAGUGAGCCAGGCGGGCCCAAUGAUGGGUGCAAUGCCUCCGGGUGCUGGGACCACGGGCCCCGUGCCAAAUGCCCACGCUCUCUCUCAUCUGAAUCCAGCGCAGGCGCAUAUGUUUCAGCAGCAGGCCUUCCAGCAAAACUUCGGUCACUACCGGCAUGCAUACAUACUCUACCUCUCGCGAAAUCCUGGCCGUUAUACUCUCCUUUGGGCGCAUGCUGACUCUCAUAUUCCCAAUCCAGUCGCGAACAACCCGCAGUUACUCCAUCAGCAACAGCAACACCAACAAUUCCUUCGGCAGCGUAUGAUGAUCCAACAGCAACAGCAGCAACAGCAGCAACAGGCGGCACAGCAGCAACAGCAGCAUGGUCAUCCUGUAUCAUUACCUAACGGUACCCAGGGCCUAAAUGCGGCUCAGCUGGCUGCCAUGCAAGGGAACCCUGGUGGAAUGCGGCCAGUCAACGCGAUGAUGCAUCUUCAGCAACAGAUGCCCCAUGGCCAGCCCCAGAAUCUCCAGCAGCAGCAGCAGCAGCAACAACAGCAGCAGCAACAGCAGCAGCAACAGCAACAGCAACAGCAACAGCAGCAGCAGCAGCAGCAACAGCAGCAGCAGCUCUUCGCUCUCCAGCAAGCGCAAGCACACCAGGCUCAGCAGCAGGCUCAGGCGAAUAAUGGGCAGGGUGGGCAGCAUACUCCCCAGCGUGGCUCGGCGCAGCCUCCGAACAUGCACGAGCCCCAGGGUACGACUCCUCAGUCCCAGCAUGGCCCACCGCCGCAAAGUGGUACCCCCCAACCGAACCACACACCGCAACCCCCUUCCAGUCAACCCCAACAACAACAUGGACCACAGCAAGCUCAGGCUACUCCAAACCCCCAGCCACAGCAAUUGCCUCAAACAUCGCAACCAGGACAACAGCCUGGGCAGCCCGGCCCCCAAGGCCAGCCCCAGCAGGGUGGACAGGGCCAGCAGGGUCCGCAAGCUGGUCAGCCUAAUCAACAGCCAAUGACUAUCCAGGAGGCUCAGUUGAAGGCUCAGCAGCAGCAGAAUGCUGCUUUGAUGAUGCAGCAACGAUUGGCCCGUCAAGGUACCACAAUUCUCUGCCUGCAUGCGUAUGCGGAGCACCUAAGUGGAUUCCAGAGUCGUGGUGAGGCACAGGACCUUAUGUACUGGCAAUCCUUUGUUGACCGAUUCUACGCCCCCGGCGGUGUCUUGCGACAGGGCGUCUGGAACCCUCAGGUUGGGUCCAAACAGUUCGAAAUUUCGACCCCGGCAUUAGCCCGGUAUUAUCUCACACAGUAUACUAGUGGCAUCCGUCAGAUCCAAAUGGUCGUGGAAGGUGCCCGGGAACGGGAUAUGCCUAACGGAGGCCACAUUGUUGAAAGCCAGCGGACUUCAUUCAUCUAUUGGUUCACUAAUGACUGCCAGCUCUUCACCCACGGUCAAUUACGCGCUCAUUUCGAUAUGGGUAAUAAACUUGAGAUGCUCGAUAUCACCGUCACCAGCCAUAAUGAGUUUAUUCCCCGAAGCCUCCUCCAUUCGUUGGAGGCGUCUGAGCAGAAGCAGAGCCCCAAGGUCUCGAAGAACGCCGCGAAGCGGGCGCAGAAGCAAAGCCCGCAAAUAUCGCUGCCAGAGUCUAUGGUGACUUCCAAUGGUGUUCCGACCCCAGUCAUGGGAUUCCUGGAAGUGGCCGAAACCAUCUCGCAGAUGCAAAUGCUGUUCCAAUUCUCGCAGCAGAACCCACAAUUUUCUCCCCCCGAAGCCCUCCGCACCCUUGUCGGGUCUCUUCAGAUCCAGAACCCUAACGCUGGAUUUGCCCCCCCGAUGAAUCCUGGCAUGCAACAAGUUCCCAACGUGCGGAAUCCUGGCAUGAACGGUCCUUCGCAGUUUGCGUCCCCGGCUAUGGCUCAUCUCGGCCUACCCGGAGCUCAGGGCUCACCCCAUCUGACCGUUUCGGCACAUGCAAGCCCUGCCCAAAGCCAGCUUGCUGGGCCCCCAGGCAUGCAGGGUUCUGUUCAACCCUCUCCAGUGGGUGUGAACAAUAGUCCUAUUGUCGGUGGUAGCAAGCGCCGCCGUGCAAGCACCGUCAAGAUGGAGUCCGAGGACGGCGGUGCAGGGGGCGAGGUCAAUGGCACUGGCACCCAAGGCGCCGGUAAGGUCAAGGCCAGUCCGCGAGUGCCCAAACGACAGAAGGGUGCCGCGGCCUAA